AUGAUUUCUGAAGAUAAUAGUUUGAAUGUUUCAAAAAGUAUUGAACAUCCCUUAGAUUCUGGUACUGGAAAUGAGGAAGAUGGUUUUCAUGAUGUUUUAGAUGACUCAAAUGAUUCUACUAAAAAAGAAAAUAUUUCUUCAAUAUCUAAUGAUGAAAAUUAUGAAAAAAAUUUUUUACUUGAUUCAAUGCCAGCUCAAUUAAGUUUAGAGGAAACUGGAAAUGAAAAAGAUGCUGAGGAAGGUUUUGAUGAAAGAAAUCAUCGAACGGAAGAAUUUACAAUGGAUGGUGAAUCAGAUGUUUCAUUGGUAGUUAAUAUAUCAGAUGCCUUAUCUGAAAAAUAUAAAGUUAAAUAUACUAUUUAUACAAGAACAAAUUGGAAUAUUUUUGCUAAAUCUGAAAUGUCUGUUGUUAGGGAACAUUCUGAAUUUAUUUGGCUUCAUAAUUGUCUUGAGGAAAAUAAAGAUUAUGCUGGUUUUAUUAUUCCACAAGCACCACCAAAACCAGACUUUGAUGCAAGUCGAGAGAAACUUCAAAAGUUAGGAGAAGGACAGGCAACUAUGACAAAAGAAGAGUUUAAAAAAAUGAAACAAGAAUUAGAACAAGAAUACUUAGCAACAUUUAAAAAAACAGUAGCAACACAUGAAAUGUUCCUUCGUCGAUUAGCAUCUCAUCCUGUAUUUAGAAAUGACAAAAAUUUUAAAGUUUUUCUUGAAUAUGAAAAUGAUUUAUCUGUUCGUAACAAAAAUAAGAAAGAAAUGGUUGGAUCAUUUUUAAAAAAAAUGACUCAAUCAGCUGACGAAAUAUUACUUUCUGGACAGAAAGAUGUUGAUGAUUUUUUUGAACAAGAGAAAAACUUUUUGGUAGAAUAUUAUACUCAUAUUAAAGAGGCUGUAAAUAAGUCCGAUCGUGUAGCUUAUUACAGAAAAAAUGUCGCUGAUUCAUAUGUUAAAAUUGCAAAUGAUAUCAUCAAAUUUUCAUUGUUAGAGGGUGCUGCUGCAACUAAUUCAAUCGUCAGUAAUCCUAAUCAUAGUUGGGAUACUAAAUUUAUUGGAACAUUUGCUGACACAUUGGAAAAAUUAAAAAAAAUCGAGUCAAGAGUUGCUACAGAUGAGGAAUUAAAAGAAGCUGAUACAUUAAGAUAUUUUUGUAGAGAAACACAGGCAGCAAAAGAUUUGUUGUAUCGUCGUACAAGAUGUCUUGCUAAUUAUGAAGCUGCUAAUAAGAAUCUCGAAAGAGCUAGAGCAAGAAAUAAAGAUAUUGCAAGAGCUGAAAAAGAACAGGAAGAGUGUUGUAAAAAAUUUGAAGAUUUAUCAGAGGUAGCAAAAAAAGAACUUCAGGAAUUAAAAGUAAGAAAAGUGAAGUCAUUUAAAAAAAAUCUUUGUGAUCUUGUAGAAAUAGAAAUUAAACAUGCUAAGAGUCAACUAACACUUCUUCAAACAGCAUUAACCAGCCUAAAGGAUGAUGCUAGCACUAUAAAUGUCUAG